GUACACCGACUUCGACAAGGCUAUGAGAGAACACGGUCUACACAGAGGGGGCAUAUUGCAUGAAACCGUCUUCACGUAUCCAGUAAUGCUUCAACGGUCAAAGUACAGUAGAUUCAGAAAUGACUCAUUAACCUCUACGGAAGAUGGUACGCAGAGCGUAUCUUUAAAUGCCAAGGUUGGGACUGACUGUCACACAUCUGCUACUUCCUCUUUACCCCUUGACAGUAUUGCCUUGGUAACUCCGGAUACUUCAACAACGCUAUGUACCUUAAUACCGAAAAUGUCUCAUUUUAAGAUUUCAAGCCCAGUUAACUUGCUGGGUUUCAAACACUUUUCUCUGGGGGCCAAAGAAGCAUCAAAAGUGAAACUGUCAGAGAACUCUACCCUAAUGAACCAGACAACAUCUGCAGAGACCGCUUUAAACAGCUCCUCACAAGCUACUCUUUCAAGACAGGAUGUAGAAAUGGACGCGAAUACAAAGAACCAAAAUGAUUGCCUUCUGAUGGACAUUGAAAAACCACCACUUGCUAAGAGGCAGACUUGUGCUCAGCAGAUAGGUCGAAACAAUGGGAGCCCCGGUCUCUCCUACUACGUCAUAUAUAUGGGCUGUAUUGAAGUUCUGCAGUCAAUGAGAUCCUUAGAUUUUGGCACAAGAACCCAAGUUACAAGGGAAGCAAUAAGUCGGCUCUGUGAAGCUGUGCCGGGUGUUAAAGGAACCACAAAGAAGCGAAAGCCUCCACUGAAAUUCCUGUCCUCCGUACUGGGCAAAAGCAACUUGCAAUUUUCUGGCAUGAAUGUGACAUUGACAAUAUCAACAAACAGCUUAAUUCUAACUAAUGUUGACACUAAGCAGGUAGUUGCAAAUCAUCACAUGCAGUCAAUUUCCUUCGCCUCUGGUGGAGAUCCCGAUACAACAGAUUAUGUUGCGUACGUUGCCAAGGAUCCAGUUAACCAAAGAGCUUGCCACAUUUUGGAGUGCUCAAGCAGCAAGGCUCAGGAAGUGAUCAGCACAAUUGGACACGCUUUUGAACUGCGUUUCAAACAGUACUUGAAAAGCCCGUCUUUCAUCGAUUCCAGCGAUAGUGAUCUACUAAAUAUUAAUAAUGCAACUCAAAAAGUGGAAGCGAAAGGACAUGAUUAUUACAAUGAAAUACCAGGAAAGGUACCUCCUGCUGGUGGCGUACUUGACAAGAGGAUUAAAAUAGAUAUCAUGGAACCCAUGCAUAUUGAAGACGACCAAAACGCUCAGAUAGGUUUCCAUAAAAGUACCAACAUAUACGAAAACUGUAGAGAGAACCCCCAAAUUAUAGGUCACUCAAACCAGAAUGCAUUAAACAUUCCUGCUGGUAAGGAAGAACUGUUUGAUGAUCCAAGUUAUAUAAACACUGCAUCAAAAACAGAAACUUUUGAUAAAAAUCAGACUUUGGGAAAACACAACCCAACAUCCGAGGUUCCAGAACCUAGGAAACAGUGCCAAGGAAACAAAAAGUUUCUGUGCGCUGCCACACAAAGAGAGGAAUGGUACCAUGGAAAAAUGAGCCGAAAGAUUGCAGAAAGCCUGCUAAUUAACGAUGGAGAUUUUCUAGUUCGGGAAAGUACAACAUCCGCUUGCCAGUAUGUUCUAAGUGGACUCCAUGGAGGACAACACAAGCAUCUGCUUCUGGUGGACCCAGAGGGAAAGGUAAGGACCAAAGACCAUAUAUUUGAAAAUGUCAGCCAUCUAAUUAAAUAUCAUGUGGAAAAUAAACUGCCAAUAAUUUCAUCUGGAAGUGAACUUUGCCUCAGGCACCCGGUGACUAUAAAGGACAUCUGUACUUUAAAGGACUGA